AUGGAAUCUCGCAAUUUAAUCUCGAGGCCCGUCGCUCUCCUCACGGGAGGGGUGAUAGCUGCUGCGGUUGCCGCGUAUGUAUACUCGCGCGUUCGUCCAGUUGAAAAACAUUCAAAUGACGACUCGGAGCACUCGGAUGCGGAAGAGGAAGAACGGUUGAAAGAACUACGAGAAUUCAAUGACUGGUUCGUUGAUGAUGAUUCCGAACCACCGAGGAGUGCGGUGACCCCGGGUCGCGACCAGAGCUUGGACGACGGUCUAACUGCUCUGGGUAUGCAGAGCAAUGUGAUGUACUUGCCCAAUGCGAGUCCUGGGGAGAUAAGAAUUGGCGAGGACACGCAUGUGGCGGCGGAGAAUCCCGACGUUGACGAUGUGAUACGUGUUGAGAGGGUCUCGCAGGAAGAGGAAAUGAGGCGCUACUUCAGCGGUAUGGAUUCGGGCCAGCGUAUGGUGAAGGGUCAGCAUCAUAGGAAGAAUGGGAGCUCUGCUAGGGAGUAA